AUGACAGUCACUGAAUCAUAUUUGCAAAUUUCUGAAUAUUUUGACAUUAAUGAGACGUCCUGGGGAGGACGGGCAUGCUUCAGUAAAAGAGAUCUUAACAAUGGGCAAGUUGUGUUAGAAGUUGAAGAUUGCAUGGGAACAUCCAUUGAUUAUGAUUUUCGUAAGGAGGUCUGUCAUUACUGUUAUAAGUACAAUAAUGGGAAAUCGAUGAAAGUUAAAAUUUCCUUUAACGAUUUACAAGAUUGCUUGUAUGAGUUUCCACAGCUCGCUACUUACAAAGCAAAAUUUAAAGGAGCCGGACUCUGGUUUUGUUGCGAUACAUGCCGUGAUAAAUAUUUAAGCAUCCAUAAUAUUACUGAACUUAUAGAAUCCUAUGAGAUACUGUUAGAAUCGUUUAUGCGCAUGAUAAAGAAUAAGAGCCUUCUAGAAGAGCAGGAACAAGAUUACAAUGGCAUAACGAUCACGAAGGAAUAUAUAGACAACACCUGGGAAGAUAUAACGACUCGAUGGAUACCUAUGGUAAGAAAAACGAAAGCCACAAAAAGAGCGAAAUUCCUACCGCAAAUUUCCGAAGAUGAAUACAACUGUUGUCGAUUUGUUAGUGAAACGCUAUUCCGAAUAAAGCAUCUGGAUCCUGGCUCAGAUACAUUAGAAGCAUUCCAUAACCUCCAGUCGAAUGAAUUAUCAAAAAUACAGAAAUUUCCAGUUUUGCUCAACUUUCAAGUCUUGGUCUUUAAGACUCUAUUUGUUUUAUUACCAGACAAUUUAAAAAACUCCCUCACUGUUCAAGCGUUCAGGCAUAUUUUAGGCAGCGAAUACGGGAAUGCUUUUGGAAUUUGGCAAGAUACUGAAGCUGUGGAUAGCAGAGAAUACUUUGGUUAUUGGGUUUUCCCUAAAGCAUCCUAUUUCAAUCAUUCAUGUGACCCCAAUAUAACAAAAACCAGAAUAGAUAGAAAAAUGGUAUUCACACUUAAUAGAGAUGUGGCAUGUGGAGAAGAGCUAAACAUCGACUAUUCAGGUGUAUUAGAUUUGCCUGUUGAUCGUCGACAGAAAUUCCUUUUUGAGAAUUGGUUUUUUGUAUGUGGUUGUAAUAGAUGUAAUUCAGAUUUGAAGCUUGUCCAUUAA